UCCGAUGCUGUACGAUGGGGACAUGCACGAUCACGAACGCGUAAUGAACUGGCUAACGUCGCAGGAUGUGUUCGAGAUCAAGAACGAAAUCGAGGAGGUGAAUCGCAAAAUGUUGAACAAGCUGCUCGACGAAAAUGAGUUCCUGGCGGUGUUUUUCUUCGAAGAAGACCAUGAGGAAAGUGAAGCGGUAUUGGAACGGCUCGAGUUGAUUGACAGCGAGACGGACAACCUGGACAUCACCUUCGUUAAGAUGGGCGAUCCACGGUACGCACGCAAGUGGGGCGUCACCAAGCUCCCGGCGAUCGUUUACUUCCGCAAGCGCUUCCCCAGCAUCUACCGGGGUGACAUGUACGAUGAGCAGGACGUGCUCGAGUGGUUGCGCAAGAAUCGAUUCCGGCAGCCGGAGCUGAACAUCUUCAUGUACGCGCUGAUCGCGCUCGGUCUCGGCUUCGUCAUCUACACUGCAUUUUUGCUCCAGUGCUUCAAACCGGCCCCACCAGCACCGGUGCCACAUCCGAAGCAAAACUAAUGACCACGGGCGUCACUUUUUUUGUUGCUGUUGGUUGGCCUAAAGGCUGCACUGGCUUUCACCGAAGACCAAAGGAUGGAGAUGGAACGGAUGAAAAAGUCGCAAAGGCGGGGGAGUGGGGGGACGGGGGUGAUUUCAUGUAUGUUUUAUCGUUUCCAAAUGCCGCUCCACCGAACUGCCCAUACCAGUGAGUCCGUACUGAGAGAUUACUUGACUAGUUUUUCGUUCUACUAGUUUACUCCAUAGGUUUUACCCAUAUCCCUCUCUCUCUCUCUCUCUCUCUUAGAACCCUCCUCUUAGGGUUGGAGUCUCGAAGUAACUCAAAGUGUUUUUAAUUUUAGUUAAGAAGUCACCGGGGAGAAGAAACCGGACGGAGCCCGGAAAAGUACGAAGUUCGAUCGAUGUAAAAUGUUUUAAAAAAUUUGAGAAGAAAAGAAAACCAUUAACCAAAAACUAAUCAAAAAAAGAGCGUAAAAUGUUUCAAACGGAGUAAGAAAAAAUCAACAAAAAUAACAAGGAAACGCGAGCUGGUAAUUAUCACACCAAUAGCAGCAAUCAACGAAAUGAAAACACUGAUUUCGCCACCAUCACCGUACUGGACACUCGAUAGCAGAUGAUGAUGAUGAUGAUGAAUGGCUCGCCUCAUAAGCAGUAAAUACAAAGAGGGUGCAUUUCUUCCUGUUGGCCGAUGUGCUUUUGUUUCUUUUGUGCGAACAACAAAUCGAUGGCGAAAAAAAGGAAGAAAAUGAAUGGAAAAUCAAACAAACAAACACAGGAAAACGGCACCACAGCGGAAACAGAGCCAACGGGAAAGUAAAAUUUGUGAGGAUCACUGAACGUCGAUAGGGGUCCGAAGCAGACAGGGAGGCCGCAAGGGGGCAAAAGAUUUAGUGCAGGUACGCACCAACAACCGUUAACCCGUAGGAUGAGUGCUUUUUGCCACCGGUAAAAACCGAUACUCACCAUCACAGAGCCGCAAGGACGCGGGGGCAUGGCUGGUUACGAGAAAAGACAACGAAACGAAGCUGACGAUGAUUUCGACGACGACGACGACGACGACGACAACGACGACGACGGUGCACCACUUAUAGUGUAGCGCAGCAAGCAGAGAUGAACCAUUUUUACGUAGAUUUUGCGAUCUACAUUGAUGGCUUUCUCUUUUGACGCAAUCAAGAGAAGCACGCGUAAUCGCUAACCGUGACUCCUUCAACGGGAGUUCACACUUUGCUCAUUUGAAGAUUUGGUUUUUCCUCAUUGAACCACAAGCUCGAAAGGCUAUCUCUCUUUCUCUCUAUCUUUCUCGUAUUGAUUGUGUUUCUGAUGCUUGUUUUCCGUUGUACUAAAACCUGUUUUCAUUGAUGAACUACUUUUUGCAACACAAUAUCAGCGGAAGAAAGGACGAAAUCGCUCGAACGAGUGCGCUGCUAGGUCGUUAUCGUUUCUAGUUCUUUUCCGUUGUCCGGAUCAGUUCCGUUCCGUUACUGUUGUUAGAUUUCUAUUCUAAUGCGUAGAUUCUAUUUAUGUAAACAUAGGGAGACAAACGAAGUGAGCAGAAAAGGCAAUAAAAGAUGGAAUACCUUGUGAAUGUUCCUGUAAUGCAAGGCGAUGGGGGGGAGGGGGAUGCACACCUGGAAGAAACCGUUCGAACCGUGAUGGAUGCCACCACGGCACCCCGCGUAUAUAUACUUAAAAUAAAAGCGAACACUCGCAUGCUCCCGAUUAACUGUAGAAA